AUGGCGCUCUACGGAGCACCAAUUUGGGCCGGACGGCUGACGAGACGCGCGAAGGCACUGCUCCGUCGGCCGCAGAGGUACGUGGCCCAGAGGAUGGUGAGGGCCUACCGCACCACCUCUCACGCAGCGACAUGCCUCCUUGCCGGCACCCCAGCGUGGGAACUAGACGCAGGGGUGCUGGCUGAAAGAUACUGGGCGAGGGUGGAGGCCAGGAGGCGCGGGGAGCCCACAGAUGCGGAGGAGGCAGAGAGAUUGGCCCGAGCAGCCGCGGAGCGCCUGAAGCAAAGGUGGAGGGAUGCCUUGGAGGAUAGCCAUUAUGGAACCCGAACCAUAGGGGCUAUCCUCCCAGUAAUGGACGAGUGGUUGGGCAGAAGAAAGGGGGCCCUUACAUUUAGGGUAACGCAGGUGGUGUCCGGACACGGUUGUUUCGGGCACUACCUGCACAAAAUACAGAGGGAGCCGGGGCCCCAGUGCCAUGAAUGUGGUGCGAUGGACGACACGGCCCAGCACACUCUAGAGGAGUGCAACCGCUGGGCCGUGGAAAGAGCGGCCCUUAGGGCGGCGACGGGGGUUAUAGACCUCUCGCUACACAGCAUAAUAGCGGCGAUGCUGGGUAGCGAGAGGAAUUGGGAAGCGGUGGCCUCCUUCUGCGAAGAAGUCAUGUCACAGAAGGAGAAGGCGGAGAGGGAGCGAGAAACGUCUGCUGACGCGAUUCCUCUCCGUCGCAGGCGGCAGGGCCAAAGGCAGAGAGUACAUUUAACAGCUUCCAGUUUUCCACAAAUUCUUUCAACUGCCCCGCUCGAAAGCUUGUCGAAUUUCCGCUUGAAUUAUAGUCCCUGCGCGAGACGUUCUGGCCCACUUGUCUGCUUUGGUUUCGGGCAACUUGCAGAUAUGCAUAUUGGCCCUGGGGUUUCGAACCGGAGCCCCGUGGACGUGGAGCCUUCCCCUGAGUUCCCAUAA